AUUUAUCAUCUCUCUCUCUCUUAAUACCAAAGCAAAACUACGGCCACAGGAACAGCUUCUUUCUUUUUGACGUCCUCUCUCUUUUGUCUUAUUGCGGUGGAGCUCGGGGACCUCCCUUCGUCUCCGUUUCGUGAAUCGUGCUCAUCAAGGAACGACUUUCCCACGAUAUUUGGAUUCAUUGACUCGCCCAGUCUAUAAAUCUCUCUCUCGAUGACAAUUCUAUACCCCUAAUCUGACCCACCUCCUGAAAUCAUCGAAAACAGAGAACACCAAUCAUGGACUUCCUCGGCUCUACCACCCACAACGGUAUGUCGACGAUGUUGUUCUCGUUUUCGGAAUCUGUAAUGUAUUCAAAGCUUGGGUCUUUUCUUCUUAAACCCCUUUUCCUACGUGGGGUUUCUGGUUUCUUGCACCUCCUUUUGUUGCUGAUUAUGUUCUGUUCAUGGGUUUGUAAGAAAGUGGGGGGUUCGGGUAUUAUGGGUUUGAAGGAUGAACGGUUUAAGGAAAUGAGCGGUUUAGCAAAUACACCGGCUCUUUUCUGCAGUUUAGGCCUGUCUCUCAUCAAUCUUGUGAUGAUGUCGCUGAGUUGUUUCUAUUGGUAUCAGAGCUCUUGGUCUGAUGAUUACCAGCUAGUUUCUUCCGUAGGAUUUCUAUUGGCAGCUAUUGCUUGGGCCUCUGUUUCGAUUUACUCGCAUCGCUGCAGGGCUGAUGAGCAAAAGUUGCCGUUUCUGCUAGGACUUUGGCUGGUUUUCUAUUUCGCUGUUUCUUGUUUCUGUCUUGUUGUAGACAUUGUUUUGUACAAGAGACGCGAACUAGUACCAGUUCUCCUGUUAGUGUAUGACGUAGUUACGGUUAGCAUCGGCAUGUUUCUCUGUUAUGUUGCUUUCCUAAGGAAAUUGGGAGGCAAAAGCAGUGAACCUCUGGAAGAACCCCUCCUAAACGGUGUCGAUGGCACAGCAGAGCCUGAUACAGCCAAUGAGAGUAAGGAGGGAACUCCUUACUCAAGUGCUGGGAUCCUCAGUCUUUUGACAUUCUCAUGGAUGACUCCACUGAUAGACUCUGGAAAUAAGAAGACCAUUGACCUUGAGGAUGUUCCUCAACUUGAUAGUGGUGAUAGUGUAGUUGGGUUGGCCCCAGUUUUUAGGAGCAAGCUUCAAUCAGAUACUGGUGAGAGCAGUGGGGUGACCACACUUAAGCUUGUAAACGCACUGUUCUUCUCGGCAAAGUGGGAAAUUCUCUUGACGGCUUUCUUUGCUUUCGUCUACACGGUUGCCUCAUACGUAGGGCCCGCUCUCAUUGACACUUUUGUUCAGUACCUAAAUGGACGAAGGCUGUUCAAAAAUGAAGGAUAUGUGUUGGUCACUUCUUUCUUUGUUGCUAAGCUUGUGGAGUGCCUCUCACAAAGGCAUUGGUUCUUCAGAUUGCAGAAGGUGGGGAUUAGGAUGAGAUCUGCAUUGGUCGCGAUGAUCUACGAAAAGGGUUUAACCCUUUCGUGCCAGUCAAAGCAGGGACACACCAGCGGGGAGAUUAUAAAUUUUAUGACAGUGGAUGCUGAGAGGAUUGGUGAUUUUAGUUGGUACAUGCAUGACCCUUGGAUGGUUGUUUUGCAAGUCUGUUUAGCUCUUUGGAUCUUGUAUAGAAAUCUUGGGCUAGCAUCAAUAGCUGCUUUAGUUGCUACUGUUCUAGUUAUGCUGGUGAAUUUUCCGUUCGGGAGAAUGCAAGAGAAGUUUCAGGACAAGCUAAUGACAUCCAAGGACAAAAGGAUGAAAUCAACGUCCGAGAUCUUAAGGAACAUGAGGAUUCUCAAACUUCAGGGGUGGGAGAUGAAGUUUCUGUCCAAGAUCGGAGACCUCAGGAAAGAUGAGGAAGGAUGGCUGAAAAGGUUUGUCUAUAACUCGGCAGUUAUAAGCUUUUUUUUCUGGGGGGCUCCUACUCUGGUGUCCGUCUGCACAUUUGGUGCUUGUAUGUUUCUGGGAAUUCCCCUGGAAUCUGGGAAAAUACUGUCUGCUCUGGCAACCUUCAGGAUUUUGCAAGAGCCAAUCUACAAUCUUCCUGACACAAUAUCCAUGAUUGUUCAGACAAAAGUCUCCCUUGAUAGAAUCGCAUCUUUCCUUCGUCUAGACGAUUUACAGUCAGAUGUGGUGGAGAGACUUCCUAGGGAGAGUUCAGACAUGGCAGUAGAAGUAACCAAUGGUACUUUCUCUUGGGAUGUGUCAUCUUCUCACCCAACUUUGAAAGACAUUAGUUUCAAAGCCUUUCAUGGGAUGAGAGUUGCAGUUUGUGGUACUGUUGGCUCGGGGAAAUCGAGCUUACUUUCAUCCAUACUCGGAGAAGUACCUAAGAUAUCUGGAAGUCUUAAGGUCUGUGGAACGAAGGCCUAUGUUGCACAAUCGCCUUGGAUUCAGAGCGGUAAAAUUGAAGAUAACAUUCUGUUUGGUAAGCCAAUGGAGAGAACACGAUAUGAAAGGGUACUUGAAGCAUGUUCUUUGAAUAAAGAUCUGGAGAUACUUUCGUUUGGCGAUCAGACUGUUAUUGGGGAAAGAGGUAUCAAUUUGAGCGGUGGGCAGAAGCAAAGGAUACAGAUCGCACGUGCUCUCUACCAAGACACAGAUAUCUAUCUGUUCGAUGAUCCUUUCAGUGCUGUUGAUGCUCAUACAGGGUCACAUCUCUUUAAGGAGGUCUUACUUGGGCUACUGAGCUCGAAAACAGUUAUCUAUGUAACCCAUCAAGUUGAGUUCUUACCUGCAGCUGAUCUCAUUCUGGUCAUGAAAGAUGGGAAGAUCACCCAAGCUGGAAAGUACAGUGAUAUUCUAAAUUCUGGAACAGAUUUCAUGGAGCUUGUAGGCGCCCAUCAGGAGGCUUUGUCAGUAGUUGAUUCUGUUGAUGCCAGGUCUAAUUCCAUUGAUACAACCUUUGGUGAGGGAAAAGGUGUAGUGAGUGAUGAUAUUGGGCAUGAGCCGAAAGAAGAAAAGGAGGACGGGGAGAAGAAUAAAGCAGACUCUGGUGAGCCGAAAGGACAACUGGUCGAGGAGGAAGAGAGGGAGAAAGGAAGUGUUGCUUUGACGGUGUACUGGAAAUAUAUAACGAUGGCUUAUGGAGGAGCCCUUGUGCCCUUUAUAUUGUUAGCACAGAUACUCUUUCAGGUUCUACAGAUUGGAAGCAACUACUGGAUGGCCUGGGCCACUCCUGUUUCUGAGGAAGAAGAACCUCCAGUGAACGGCUCGACGUUAAUGAUUGUGUAUGUGGCUUUGGCCCUUGGAAGUUCUCUCUGCAUUCUUGCAAGAGCCACACUUCUCGUUACGGCCGGUUACAAGGCUGCCACUGAACUCUUCCAUAGGAUGCACCACUGCAUCUUCCGUGCCCCGAUGUCUUUCUUUGAUUCCACUCCAAGUGGACGGAUCCUGAAUAGGGCUUCUACUGACCAAUCUGCUGUGGAUUUGAACAUACCAUAUCAAUUUGCGUCAGUUGCUAUCACCGUUAUCCAGCUUCUUGGAAUCGUAGGUGUUAUGUCUCAGGUUUCCUGGCAGGUUUUUGUUGUCUUUAUCCCUGUAGUUGCCGCCUCUAUUUGGUACCAGCGAUAUUACAUAGCGGCUGCACGGGAACUUGCUCGGUUAAUCGGAGUAUGCAAAGCCCCUCUGAUACAGCAUUUUGCUGAAACAAUUUCGGGGUCAACAACCAUCAGGAGCUUCGACCAAGAAUCGAGAUUUCGUUCUGAUAACAUGAGGCUAAGUGAUGGUUAUUCCAGGCCCAAAUUCUAUUCCGCUGGAGCGAUGGAAUGGCUUUGCUUCCGCCUGGAUAUGUUAUCUUCUCUCACAUUUGCCUUUUCUCUGAUUUUCUUGAUCUCCAUACCCACUGGAGUCAUUGAUCCGAGCAUUGCGGGUUUAGCUGUGACUUAUGGACUCAAUCUUAAUAUGAUGCAAGCUUGGCUGAUAUGGACUCUCUGUAAUCUCGAGAACAAAAUCAUAUCGGUGGAGAGAAUACUUCAGUAUACUAGCAUUCCCAGUGAACCGCCUCUUGUAAUAGAAUCAAACCGACCUAAGCAAUCAUGGCCUUCACACGGAGAAGUGGAGAUCCGUGAUCUUCAGGUUCGAUAUGCUCCCCAUAUGCCUCUCGUGCUGAGAGGAAUAACAUGCACCUUCUCAGGAGGGCUAAAGACAGGAAUUGUAGGAAGGACAGGAAGUGGCAAAUCGACUUUGAUACAGACCCUUUUCCGGAUUGUGGAACCAUCAGCUGGGGAAAUCAGGAUUGAUGGAGUAGAUAUCCUAACCAUUGGACUGCAUGAUUUGCGUUCAAGACUAAGCAUUAUACCUCAAGAUCCAACCAUGUUUGAAGGCACAGUGAGAAGUAACUUGGAUCCUCUUGAAGAGUACACGGAUGAUCAAAUCUGGGAGGCCCUUGACAAGUGCCAACUUGGAGAUGAAGUGAGAAGAAAAGAAGGAAAACUCGAUUCAAUCGUUAACGAGAAUGGAGAGAACUGGAGCAUGGGGCAGAGGCAACUGGUGUGUCUUGGCAGAGUCUUACUGAAGAGAAGCAAAAUAUUGGUGCUUGAUGAAGCCACUGCUUCGGUUGACACUGCAACUGACAACCUGAUUCAGCAUACGUUAAGACAACACUUCUCAGAUUGCACUGUCAUAACCAUUGCUCACAGAAUAUCCUCUGUCAUAAACAACGACAUGGUUCUGCUUCUGAGCAAUGGACUCAUCGAUGAAUAUGAUUCGCCAGGGAGAUUGCUUGAGGACAAGUCAUCAUCUUUUGCUAAGCUCGUUGCUGAGUACACUGCUAGAUCAAAUUCUAGUUUUGAUUAAAACAAAGGACUCUGUCUCUCCUCUCGAGGGUUAAAACAUCAGUUUGCUUGAUGACGACGAAAACACAGGACUUCUGAGUCUUGUCUUGGUUCUUCUGGACCACUUAUCACCAUUUUGUUUUGAGUUUUGUUCUUAGUUUUACUGAUUAUAGCUUGUAAUAUUACAGCCAAAGCCAAUGGCUCCUAUUCAAAUUAAUGCAAUAACAAAGAAUGCUUGUUUGGUAUCAA